AAUUUCCCCUUUUUCAUUCUCUCCCCCAAAACAAAUAUCUUUGGCCAUCCUCAACAAUGGCCAUCACCAAUCUUUUAUCCACCACCAUUACGCUCAAACACUCGCCAUUUCUUCUACUGAAACCCUCAACAAAACUCAGAAACCCCAAAAGGCCAACAAUUCGAGCUCAAUCCAAGAACGACGACUCUGUAGAUGGUCCAGAUCGUUUAAUCUCCGCCAUAACUUACUUCUACCCUUUCUUUGAUGGUGUUCAGUACGGUAAAUAUGUAAUCACACAGUUUGCUCCAAUCCAAACCCUUAUUCAACCUUUAGUCCCAGCUAUAAGGGUUUUUAAGAGCUUUCCACUUAAUGGGUUAUUGGUUUUCUUUACCCUUUACUUUAUUGUUGUUAGAAAUCCUAAUUUUAGUAGAUAUGUCAGGUUCAACACUAUGCAAGCUAUUGUUCUUGAUGUGCUUCUCAUUUUUCCUGAUUUGUUGGAGAGGAGUUUCAAUCCAAGUGAUGGGUUUGGGUUGGAUUUGAUGAUGAGCUUUGAUAGUACUGUGUUUUUGUUUCUUUUGGUAUCUUUGGUUUAUGGUAGUUCAUCUUGCUUGUUGGGUCAGCUACCUAGAUUGCCCAUUGUUGCUGAAGCUGCUGAUAGGCAAGUUCUAUGAACUCGUAAAUUUACUUGUUUAUGAGGUUUCAUCCUCUUUGUACACUUAAUUAAGUUUUGCUUUAGCUGACAAUAAAUAGCUAUUUCGUUCCGAAGUAAAUGUUUAUGCUCUU